CAGCUUGUGACUUGCCUGCACCUGUCAUUGUAAAAAAAAAUGUAAGCCUGUUUUUCUACUUUCAAAAACAAAAAAAGGUGUAAUUGGUAUUUACUGGCUCAUGUUGCUCAUAUCCUCACAAGAAUCUCGGGAGUGCUGGAGCCGGUGUCUGCUAUCACCGCAUGGCACGUUAAAAAAAAACAAAAAAAAACACUACUACGGAUUUGAACCUCGGACCUCUGAUGUGUGAAGCAGACACCAAUCAGUAGCGCCACCGCACCGUUUGCCAUGCGGCCUCAUCUCGCCCCCCGGUGUGUGUCUGCUGCAUGGAAAGUGUUACAAAAGCCAUUUGAAGGGUGUAAAACUUUAGGUAACAGGACCGCCGUACUAGGGGAAAGUUCACUCGCCGUGUCCAACGUGGAUCACGUGACUGAACGCCCUGUCGGGAUUGGCCGACUGUGCUUUCACAGUCGAGUGUGUCCAAGUUGUCGUCUGCUCGUCUUGCGAUGCUUUUGAAUAAGGUACUUAGAGCAGGGGUGCGCUGCGGUGUCGCCCGGCUCCAGAGCUCCAGUGCCGCGGCCACCGAAGCCAGGACUUCAAGCGAGCACUCGGCAGCGGCUGCCGGCUUCUCGUUUGAGCUCACAGAUCAACAGCGGGAGUUCCAACAGCUAGCUCGCAAGUUUGCGCGUGAGGAAAUUCUCCCUCACGCGGCACAGUAUGACAAAACUGGGGAGUACCCAGUAUCGAUCAUCAAGAAGGCAUGGGAGCUCGGUCUGAUGAACGGUCACAUUUCAGAGCAGUAUGGUGGAAUGGGCUUGUCCAUCUUCGACAACUGCCUCAUCACGGAGGAGCUGGCCUACGGUUGCACAGGGGUGCAAACUGCCAUUGAGGCAAACUCUCUUGGUCAAAUGCCUGUUAUCAUUGCUGGCAAUGAGGAGCAGAAGAAGAAAUACCUUGGGAGGAUGACAGAGGAGCCUCUUAUGUGUGCGUACUGCGUCACAGAGCCUGGAGCGGGCUCGGACGUGGCAGGCGUUAAGACACGAGCGGUGAAGACGGGCGACGAGUACGUGGUCAACGGCCAGAAGAUGUGGAUCACAAAUGGUGGCAAAGCCAACUGGUAUUUCCUGCUGGCGCGCACGAACCCUGAUCCCAAGUGUCCCACCAACAAGGCGUUCACAGGCUUCAUUUUGGAUGGGGACUCGCCUGGUAUUCAAAUCGGAAGGAAGGAAAUGAACAUGGGCCAAAGGUGUUCUGACACGCGAGGUAUCACGUUUGAGGACGUCCGUAUCCCAAAGGAGAACGUCCUGCUCGGCGAGGGGGCUGGGUUUAAGAUCGCCAUGGGAGCCUUCGACAAGACGCGGCCUCCUGUAGCUGCUGGGGCCACCGGGCUGGCUCAGAGGGCCCUCGAUGAAGCCACUACGUACGCUCUGGAGAGGAAAACAUUUGGCAAAGUGAUUGCUGAGCACCAGGCAGUCUCCUUCCUCCUGGCUGAGAUGGCGAUGAAGGUGGAGCUGGCACGCAUGGCGUACCAGCGCGCCGCCUGGGAGGUGGACCGCGGCCGGCGCAACACGUACUACGCCUCCAUCGCCAAGGCCUUCGCCGGCGACAUCGCCAACCAGGUGGCCUCGGACGCCGUGCAGGUGUUUGGUGGAAAUGGGUUCAACAGCGAGUACCCAGUGGAGAAGCUGAUGCGGGACGCCAAGAUCUACCAGAUUUAUGAAGGCACCGCUCAGAUCCAAAGGCUCAUUGUGGCCCGUGAACACCUAGCAAAGGCCAAGAAAUGAACCUGCCGGAUGACUUUUUGUAUGAAAAUAAAGUAAUGACUUCGCAUAUAAUUUGCCUUGCCAUCACCUGAUUGCCUUUCUUUGUGGAAUUCAGAGAAAGUUCAUCCAGUCGUUAUGCUUAACUUGUUUUUCAGCACGUAAUGCAAAUGACAUGCAAACAUAGCACCGGAAUAAGUUGAAUUACAGCCCGAUGUACGUAUGUUGCACUGGGGGGGGAAUCAUGUCUGCAUUGUUUUGCUGUGUCCAUUGGUAAUUUGUUGUACAAAUUUGUACUUGUACAAAUAAAGCCUCCUUGAGCAAAAACUUUUU